GAUUUUUCUGGAUCUCUGCGUUUCCCUCUCUCCCCCGCGCAAUCGGUGUCCCUCCAUCUCUAUCUCUUCUACAGCUAUCCCGUAGAUUCGUCUCUCGCCGGCGGAAAUCAUCGAAAGAGGGGGACCGUUUUAAUCUCUCUGGUACGAGGGUUGUUUCAAGCUCAAAGCAAAGGAUUGAAAACUUCACACCAACCCCAACCUUCGAGCAAUCAAGCUUCUUUGAAGUCUAUAUCCGAAAAUUGAAUCCGUGAGGUUAAGGUGUAGCCUUUUUAUGAGACCAGGAAGUAGCGCAGCUCGAGGGACGGAGUUUUGUUGAUUUAGAUUCUGAAGUUAUGGAGGAGCAGUUUGUACUGAGGGUUCCACCUUCUGUUGCUGAACGAAUUGAACGACUACUAAAUGAAAGUGCCUCUUCAUCUGAAGAUGCUUCGUUGGAUUUGUCUUUCUCUGAGGAUGGGAGAAGUGGCACUUUUGCCAUUGGUGACGAUCAUUUUCCAGCAUCUCUUCUGGAUCUCCCUUGUGUAGUGGAAUCCUACAAAACAUACGAUGAUACUGUGCUAAUCAAAACUGCAGACAUUGGUCAGAUGAUUAUGGUUAGAGAACCGGGUGAUGCUGCUCCAGAUUCAACUGAGUAUAGGCAUGGUCUGACCCCUCCUAUGAGGGAUGCUCGAAAACGUAGAUUUCGAAGAGAGCCAGAUUUAAAUCCUGAGCUUGUACGACGUGUGGAGAAAGAUUUGCUAAACAUCAUGGCAGGAGGAACUACCGAAAAUGCAGAUGUUGGAGUGGCUGAGCAACAGGAUGAUAGAGAUGAAAAUCCUCAUCAUGCAAGUGCAAAGCCUGCAUCGGUACCUGCAGCAAAGCCUGAUGUAAUGGAAACUGAAACAAAUGUUGGGGAGCCUGAAAGGAGCGAUUCUGAUGACUCUGAUCAUUCAGUUGAUUAGAUAUUGUUAUCCACUUCUUAAUGUUUGCAUCUCUGAUGGAAGCUGCAUCGGCCUAUUUGUAUAUGAAAGGAAAUGGGAAUUGUUGUCUGUAUCAUCCCACCUCUUGCGUUUAGAAACAAAACACAGGACGAUUUCCUUGGUGCAUUUUAUCAUCUUUCUUUCAUUUAAAUAGCAAGAUAUCUUCAAAACAUCGACUCCACUACUGCAAUACUUCAAUUUCUUACAUGAACCAAUGACAUGUUUUGGGGAAUGUAAUAAAUCAAUGGUAAUAUGAAAAAGUGGGUUCCAUUUAAUUACAUUGAGUGUUAUUUACUUGUA